CUCUGAUAGGAGAAGAGUCUGUGGGUAUAGUUCUGAUAGGAGAAGAGCCUAUGGGUAUAGUUCUGAUAGGAGAAGGGCCUAUGGGUAUAGUUCUGAUAGGAGAGGAGCCUAUGGGUAUAGUUCUGAUAGGAGAAGAGCCUAUGGGUAUAGUUCUGAUAGGAGAAGGGCCUAUGGGUAUAGUUCUGAUAGGAGAGGAGCCUAUGGGUAUAGUUCUGAUAGGAAAAGAGUCUAUGGGUAUAGUACUGAUAGGAGAAGGGCCUAUGGGUGUGGUUCUGAUAGGAGAAGGGCCUAUGGGUAUAGUUCUGAUAGGAGAAGGGCCUAUGGGCGUGCGCAAGGACAUCCGAUUGCGAUACAAGAGCAGGCGAUAA